AUGGCAAAAAAAUCAGAGAAACCGGCGACCAAAACGGAGUCGUUUCCGGUGUGGUCGAAAGACGUGAAGGAAUGCGAGGAGGAAUUCAAGGUGAGCCGCGAGACGGGGCUGUCGUCGGAGGAAGUCGAGAAGCGGCGGGAGGUGUACGGCUGGAACGAACUGGAGAAGCACGAGGAUCAGUCGCUCCUGAAGCUCCUGCUGGAUCAGCUCAACGAUACGCUCGUCCGGAUUCUUCUCUUCGCGGCGGUCAUCUCCUUCAUUCUCGCCUGGUACGAAAGCGACGAGACCGGCGAGGUAGACGUCACGGCGUUCGUCGAGCCGCUGGUGAUUUUUCUGAUCCUGAUCGUGAACGCGAUCGUCGGAAUCUGGCAGGAGAGUAAUGCGGAGAAGGCGCUGGAGGCCUUGAAGGAGAUUCAGUCGGAGCAGGCGGCGGUGGUGAGGGACGGGAAGAAGGUGCCGAAUUUGGCGGCGAAGGAGCUCGUUCCCGGAGAUAUUGUGGAGCUGAGAGUCGGAGGUAAGGUUCCGGCGGAUACGAGGGUUUUGAGUUUGGUGAGCUCGACGGUGAGGGUUGAGCAAGGGUCGCUGACCGGAGAGAGUGAGGCGGUUAGCAAGACGGCGAAGGCGGUGGCGGAGAAUUCGGAUAUUCAGGGGAAGAAGUGUAUGGUUUUCGCGGGAACGACGGUGGUGAACGGGAACUGCAUGUGUUUGGUGACUCGGAUUGGGAUGAAGACGGAGAUAGGGCAGGUGCAUUCUCAGAUUCAUGAGGCUUCACAGAUUGAGGAAGAUACUCCGUUGAAGAAGAAGCUGAAUGAGUUUGGAGAGAUUUUGACAGCAAUAAUCGGUGUGAUCUGCGCUUUGGUUUGGUUGAUCAAUCUCAAAUACUUUCUCAGCUGGGAAAUGGUGGAUGGCUGGCCAACAAAUUUCGCAUUUUCGUUCGAGAGGUGUACUUAUUACUUCAAGAUUGCUGUGGCAUUGGCCGUGGCGGCGAUUCCAGAAGGCUUGCCUGCAGUGAUCACCACUUGCUUGGCGCUUGGGACGAGGAAGAUGGCUCAGAAGAAUGCACUUGUGAGGAAGCUGCCGAGUGUGGAGACUCUUGGUUGUACUACUGUGAUUUGUUCUGAUAAGACGGGGACUCUGACUACUAAUCAGAUGGCCGUGGCGAAGCUUGUGGCUAUUGGUAAUAGGCCUGGGACUCUUCGAUCCUUUGAUGUCGAGGGAACAACAUACGACCCUUCUGAUGGGAAAAUACCAGACUGGCCGCCGGCUGGUCAUAUGGAUGCUAAUGUUCAAAUGAUUGCAAAGAUCUCUGCUUUGUGUAAUGAUGCUGGUGUUGAAUUGUCAGGCAGUCAUUAUGUUGCCAGUGGAAUGCCCACAGAAGCAGCCUUGAAGGUUCUGGUUGAGAAGAUGGGAGUCCCUGAAUCAGUCAAUACUAGUGGUUCUAAGGAUACACUGCGUUGUUGUACACAUUGGAAGGACGUUGAUCGGCGGAUUGCAACGCUUGAGUUUGACCGUGACCGCAAAUCCAUGGGUGUAAUUGUGAAUACUGGCGCAGGAAAGAACUCUCUUUAUGUCAAGGGUGCAGUUGAAAAUUUAUUGGAGCGCAGCUCAUCCAUUCAGUUGGUUGAUGGCUCCAUUGCAGAAUUGGACCAAAAUUUCAAGGAUCUUAUCUUAGGCAGCCUUCAUGAAAUGUCUACUAGUGCAUUGCGCUGUUUGGGGUUUGCAUACAAGGAGGACCUGCCAGAGUUCACAGGCUAUAAUGGUGAUGAAGACCAUCCAGCUCAUCAGCAGUUACUUAAUCCUUCCAAUUACUCUUCAAUUGAGAGUAAACUUGUAUUUUCUGGCUUUGUUGGGCUAAGGGAUCCUCCACGGAAAGAGGUCCGUCACGCAAUUGAGGACUGCAAAACUGCUGGAAUCCGUGUUAUGGUUAUUACAGGAGAUAACAAGGGUACAGCUGAAGCUAUUUGCCGUGAAAUAGGUGUAUUUGGACCUUCUGGAAAUAUCAGUUCAAGAAGCUUAACGGGGAAAGAUUUUAUACAUCACCAUGAUCAGAAAAAUCAUCUGAGACAAAGUGGAGGCCUUUUGUUUUCUAGAGCUGAACCAAGGCAUAAGCAAGAGAUAGUGAGGCUGCUAAAGGAAGAUGGUGAAGUUGUUGCUAUGACUGGUGAUGGAGUGAAUGAUGCACCUGCCUUGAAGCUGGCUGACAUUGGGAUUGCCAUGGGCAUUGCCGGGACAGAGGUUGCAAAGGAAGCCUCUGAUAUGGUAUUAGCAGAUGACAAUUUUAGCACUAUAGUUUCUGCUGUUGGACAAGGCAGAUCUAUUUACAACAACAUGAAAGCUUUUAUCAGGUACAUGAUUUCAUCAAACAUUGGCGAAGUUGCCUCCAUUUUCCUAACAGCUGCCCUGGGAAUUCCAGAAGGCAUGAUUCCAGUUCAGCUUCUCUGGGUCAACCUGGUUACUGAUGGACCCCCAGCUACAGCUUUGGGAUUCAAUCCUCCGGACAAAGAUAUCAUGGAAAAGCCCCCUAGAAGAAGCAACGACUCAUUGAUCACUGCUUGGAUCUUAUUCCGUUAUCUGGUGAUUGGUGUCUAUGUUGGUGUUGCAACGGUUGGGGUGUUUGUUAUCUGGUACACCCAUUCCUCAUUUUUGGGCAUUGACCUCAGCGCAGAUGGCCAUAGUCUUGUGACCUACAAUCAACUAGCAAAUUGGCACAAGUGCUCAUCUUGGGAGGGGUUUUCAGCAUCCAACUUCACAGCUGGAUCUCAGGUGCUCACUUUUGACACAGAACCAUGUGACUAUUUCCUUAACGGCAAGAUCAAGGCCUCGACGCUCUCCCUCUCAGUCUUGGUUGCCAUUGAGAUGUUCAACUCCCUCAAUGCCCUGUCCGAGGACAGUAGCCUCCUGAUAAUGCCUCCCUGGGUUAAUCCAUGGCUCCUUCUCGCCAUGUCUGUCUCCUUCGGCUUGCACUUUCUGAUCCUCUACGUCCCCUUCCUUGCUCAAGUGUUCGGUGUCGUCCCCCUCAGCUUGAAUGAAUGGUUCUUGGUGUUGGCUGUUGCUUUUCCAGUCAUCUUAAUCGAUGAGGUACUCAAGUUUGUGGGAAGAUGUACAACUAGGUCAACUGACUCCGCAGUAGAAAAAUCCAAGCGCAAGACAGAAUGAGCAACAAGGAUCUCUAGUAUGACAACCACUUAGACUAACAGAGCAAAUCAACAAUAGUGCAUUUUUAGUCCCACUAUGCUAAUUCAAAAUCACAAUCCAUUCCAGAAUACA